AUAACUCAUUGAAAGAACAUAGUUAAAAAAUAUAUCCAAAUAAAUGCCAUGGUUAUGACCAAAGAUUCUAUAGCUUUGUCCUAUCUUCCACUUUGAGGGUGCCCGUGUACUUAGCACUCGCCAAAACUCCCUCCAUAUCUCGUCAUCCCCUGUCUCCUCAAUAGAAAGCGCUUUGCAGAGCCUUCAGUAACCACCUAAACACCUACAGAAUCCUGCCAUCCAUCGUAGAUCACCCCUCGACUAUGGUUUUUCCGAUUAUGUUGGAAUAACUUUAGGAUCAAUUGCCACUUUUUGUUGGUUUUGCGUAAAUUUUGUGUUUCCAAUUCGUGCAUAUAGAAAGUUAUGGUCCGUUUACAAGGAAAGUGAGGCAAUGGCUAUAUUAUGUUGUUUCGUUUUGUUCCUUUUCCAAUGGUGGUUCCUUCCUUGAACUACACGUUGGGUUUGCCAAGGAAGAAACUAGACUGCAAAUCUAUACUGUGAGCAAUAGAUGAUAGUAGCUUCUCGAAAUAGCUAGUUACUCAUUCCCAAGAUGAUCACAUAUAGGAUGACGACUGAAGUCUCUUCUCAGGCAUGGGAAGAAGCAUCAAAAGCUGUUAAAGAUGAGGAGGAUUUCAAGCAAAAGCUUUGUGAGGACUUGAAUAAUCUGGUUCGUGAAAGUAGUAACAGUCAGCUCGCUAGAUUGGAAGAACUGAAAAGGAAGCUGGAAGCUUUAAAUCCGAGCAGAGAAUCCACAUCCCCUACCUUGGAUCUGAAUCCCGUGGGACCUGCACCGAGCAGUAUGACUCGUGAUGUUUCUUCAGUUCAAGGUACACAAGAAUCAUCAAAUGGAUUAUCUGAAACUACAUUGAAAGAAGGAAAUGCUGCAGCAGAAAAUGGACAAAACCAACAACCUGAAGCAAGAGGGAAGAAGAAAAUUAAUGCCCAAGGAAGAGGCAAGGGAAUUGGCAUAGUGCCUAAAGGUAGAGGUUCAGCACCACCUGGUUGGACGGGGGCUGGGUUUGAUGUGGAUGGGAGAAGUUGAUCACAGUUAAGUUUUGAUAAAAAAGGUACACUUGCUGACCUUAAUUGGUAUAAUGUCUAGUCCAAGCUUUGAAUUAAAGUAUCUUUAAUUCCUUCUGUUAUGCACUGUUUGUAAAAUGAUGAUACACAUUGAAAUCUGAAACAUUCGUUAACAUCUUAUGACUAAUGCUUUGAGUUAUAACA